AUGACAACGACAACUGUACCUAUUACAGCUUGGGUACCAUCAAAUUAUAAUACAAAAUUUUAUACAGAUGAUCUUAAUGGAACAACAACUUUAUCUACUAAUGCUUGUUUUCAUGCGGCCUUUGUUUAUGAUUUUGUUCUGAAUCAAAAAAAUGUUUAUUUGGUUGGUAAACUUGAUGGAACAUCAUUGAGUGGCAAUUUCUAUCAACAUUUGUCCGGAAAUGUUACUAUAGGUACCAUUAAAAUUCUUAAUGAUACAAGUCUGAUAGCACAUUCUCCAUUUGACAAUACCUACAAUGAUGUUGAAUCUAAUACAAUGAAUGCUACAUAUGAUCAACAAAGUGAUAGUAGUCUUUCAUGGAUUAUUGAUCGAGUUAAUCAAGCACUUAGUUUUGAUUCAUCAAGUACAGAUUUCGAAUCAUGUGAAUAUUGGACUCUAGGUCAAAAUCAAGCAUAUUCAAUUGCUAUAUAG